AUGUCUGACCAGAGGCCAAUCCUCGUACCACUUGACCUCUCUAAUUUGUUGGAGAGUGGGCUCGCUAGCCAGGCGCAUGGCGGCGUCAGAAAGCUGCACCGACGCCGCACCCAUGCCUCGAGCGAUGACGAGUAUCGCAACCUACCACUCGACGCAACGCCGACGGCCGCCAGCUCUCACGACAACAAUUUUGUCGAGGUGCCUGAGCACCUAAUCUCCAGAGCAACGCUGACGUACGUCGGUUAUACUGACGGCAAGGCUGACGAGCUUUGGUACCGCUGGACCCAUUGGCCCGCCGACGGUCCUCGGCGAGAGGUGGACAAUGUCAGCGGCGAAUUGUACAUGACAUUCAAAGACUUUAUCACAAGUCACAUCGGCAUCUCAGACAGCUUCCCAGACAAUACCUGGGGAGAUCAGACCCAUCGCUGGAUCCAGUGUCUCCGGCGCUAUGGCAUCAACGAGGACACGAUCUCGGCCAUCCUCGAACCUUAUUUUGAAAACAUUCGACGGACAAAAACUUGUGCCUUUUGGGCAAAAGACACGGUCAAUAUCCGCUAUGCAGGCAUUGAGGAGAUGAGCCGGGAGUCUCACAGAAGAGCGGCAGACCAUGACAGCAGCACCCGGCGCGGCCACACGACGCGCCUCUCUGUCCAUCAGGCGACGUCCUCGCCAGCUGCUGCCGCGUCCUCUGACCCCACGACAACUGGCUCUGGUGCAACGGCGAUUCGGGUCGCCAUAGACUUGGCCGCCCGGAACGCACCAGGUUACACCCUCCUCUAUAGGGGGAUGGACAAGGCUCUCACGCGCGGCUUGUUCAGAGACGACGGCACUGUUCGCAGCUUCAAGCAGCUCGUGAGCGGCCCGCCGACCGACUUCAGUGGAAACGUGUCAAAGUACUACUUUACGCCACAGUUCCAGGUCGCGGAAACCGACGCAGCGUACACCAAGAACCGCGGCGGCUGCGUGGCCGUGGUCAUUGUCGCCAUCAGGGUUCCAAACCAAGCAAUCCAAACCCUCCAGCACCCUGCCAUCCAGCGCCUGCACUGGCCCAACCCCGACUGGGCCAACUUUGUCUGGCAUUCGCGUCGGAACGAGACUCUUCCAAAACACCUCAGAACAUACCGCACAGCGCGCCUUUUGAUCGGCCACAUCGCGACACACCCUAACCAGGUGUAUGAGAGGAUGGAGUCCCCGUCCGCAAUCUCAGACGCAGACAUCUUGCGCGUGGAGGGCCGCAAAGGGACAACCAAGGCCAUCCAGUUUGUCUAUUCUGACGACGACGACACCCGCGAGUGGCUUUGGGAAAACGGUGCCCAGACCACCAAACUAUUUGAAUUUAAACAAGAAGAUUUGGAGGCUGUCGAGAAGGCGAUGUCUAGCGGCGAAGGAUACGAGUUGUAA